AUGAAAACCGGUACCGGUACUCAUAUAGAUAAGAGUGCUGUUGAUGCCAGCAGAAGACGGCUGCUGUGGACAGCAAAAAAAGAGGUGGCUGUAGUCUGUACCGGAGCCGAAGUUCAAUUGCAGAAGCAAUCAGACCGCAGCCCUGUGAAGCAAGAGCACAGGAUACGGAAGGAGGCUGAGCGGCCCACGGUGGCGGCUGCAGCAGCGUCUGGCUCGAUGUGGUGCUGUUUGCGGUGGGCCUGCUGCGGAGAAGGGGCCGCUGGGCACAUACCCCUGAAGGAGAUGCCGUCGGUGCUCUUGGACACGCAGCGCAUGGGAACAGAUGUUGUCAUUGUCAAAAAUGGACGACGAGUAUGUGGUACAGGAGGCUGCCUAGCCAAUGCCCCUUUGCAUCAGAACAAGAGCUAUUUUGAGUUUAAAAUCCAGUCUACAGGAAUUUGGGGUAUUGGUGUUGCAACUCAGAAAGUCAACUUGAAUCAAAUUCCUCUUGGGUGUGAUGUAAAUAGUCUAGUUCUGAGAAACGACGGAGCUCUUUACUACGAUAAUGAUGAAAAGAACAGGUUACCAGCAAACAACCUUCCUCAGGAGGGUGAUGUUGUGGGAAUCACAUAUGAUCAUGUAGAACUAAACGUUUAUUUAAAUGGGAAAAAUAUGCACUGUCCAGCCUCAGGAAUUAGAGGAACUGUCUUCCCUGUGGUAUAUGUUGAUGACAGUGCCAUUUUGGAUUGUCAGUUCAGUGAAUUUUAUCAUACUCCUCCAGCAGGCUUUGAAAAGAUACUCUUUGAGCAACAGAUUUUCUGAAAAUUCCUACUGAGAAUUUACUGCCUAGCACUUUUUAUAAAACCUAUGUAUCAUAGAACACAAACCUGUAUUUAGUCACGUUUAAUGGUUUAGAGAAAAAAUAACAUAUUACCAGAGAAGUAUGUUGCAAGUGUUAGAUUUGACUAUUGUUUUGUCAUGUGGACAUUGUUUCUAUUUAAUGUGAGGUGAUUCAGCUGACAGUAUUCAAUGACCCCUGCAUGUCCAUGACACUGUAUAAGACAAUAGUUUUAUAUGUGUGUGUAUUUUUCUACAAAACUGUAGGAUCUGUUCCAAUACUUCUGCUGCUAUAUGCUCACCUAGUUAGAGCAGCUACUCAACAGUUUAUUGAGCUGUUCUUCGACCUUCGGUCUCCAGAUGUCACAUAUUGUGCUCCCUUAUAACUUAGCUUCCAUGCAGCCAAACUUUCCUUUGAUCAGAUGACACAUUUACAUUUUGUACAUUAGUUACAAUUCAGUUUAUCUUGAUGCAGAUUUUUUGAGUACAGCCCCUAGCAUCCUCAGCCAGUUCAGCUGAUGGUGAGGGAUGAUGGGAGUUGUAGUCAUCAACAUCUGGGAACCCAAGGCUGAAGAACAGUGAUUUAUGGAUUAAACAUGUCUUGUCCACAGCAACUCACUAUUUCAAUACUAGCAGGUGUUUUAUUUUCCUUUUUUCUAACUGGAGAUUUGAAUAAAAUGUUUAGUUCUAAGGGUUCUCAUGUUAAAAAAAUUAGGGCAAGUUGACUGUAAAAAGCCAAGCCGCCUCUUAUCUUAAGGUCCUUAGUAGAACAAACAACAGUGGUGAAUAAGUUGUUGGAUGUUAUAAUAAAGCUUUUCUUUUGAACGACUA